AUGAGGAGCUGCUGCCGGCUGCGACACACGCUCGCGGCGCGCGACCUCGCAGUCAAUCACAAUCCCGACUCCGAACGGGCUCAGAGGGCAGAAUCUUCUCUUGGGACAUGUUGUUUUGCUUGGGGUCCUACAGCGCGCCACUCGCCCGCGACACGUGAUCACUCUACUGGAGAUGACACCAUUUUAUUAAAAUGGUACCUCGUGACCUCGAUUGCGCACCCAAUAUUGCUAACUAUGAUGAUCUGCUUGUGGAUGGUGAGUGCCGCGUUGGCGCGCGCCACGGUUCACGAGGAGGCCACCGAGGAGCUCAUCGAGCGCGUGCUGGGAGUCCCUGACUCGGAGCGGGCGCUCAACUCGGUGCUGGGCCGGCUGGAGCGGGGCCGCCAGGGGCUGCUGCAGAGGGCCGAGGCGCGGUUCCAUCACGACGCCGACUGCGGCGACUGUGAGGAGGCCACCGAGGAGCUCAUCGAGCGCGUGCUGGGAGUCCCUGACUCGGAGCGGGCGCUCAACUCGGUGCUGGGCCGGCUGGAGCGGGGCCGCCAGGGGCUGCUGCAGAGGGCCGAGGCGCGGUUCCAUCACGACGCCGACUGCGGCGACUGUGAGGAGGCCACCGAGGAGCUCAUCGAGCGCGUGCUGGGAGUCCCUGACUCGGAGCGGGCGCUCAACUCGGUGCUGGGCCGACUGGAGCGGGGCCGCCAGGGGCUGCUGCAGAGGGCCGAGGCGCGGUUCCAUCACGACGCCGACUGCGGCGACUGUGAGGAGGCCACCGAGGAGCUCAUCGAGCGCGUGCUGGGAGUCCCUGACUCGGAGCGGGCGCUCAACUCGGUGCUGGGCCGGCUGGAGCGGGGCCGCCAGGGGCUGCUGCAGAGGGCCGAGGCGCGGUUCCAUCACGACGCCGACUGCGGUGACUGUGAGGGGCUGCCGGAGUACACGGAGUCCGUGGAGAGCUCCCGCGACCGCGGCGUGAGGCACCAGGAAGCGCAGAAACACGACUGGAUCUGCAAAGUGAACCGCACCAUCCACAAGCUAAACACGGAAGAGUACGAGUACCGGCCGGCGUACUACGAGGAGGUGCGCUGCACCGUGCCCUCCGACCACCAGAGCGCGCACCGCCACCAGUUGUGCUCCAGCAUCGGGCUGUCGUGCGUGCAGUGGAACAAGAGCAUCCACCUCACGCGGCGGCGCUACACGAGCGAGUGCUGGGAGACGAAGACCCUGGUGAUAGCUGCGGGCUGCGAGUGCAUGUGGCCGGUGCACAAGUUCGGCGCCAUCGCGUCCUACCUGUACUUCGCGCCGUGAGCGCGCUCCGCUUCGCUCCACUCCGCCCGUGCGCGUCGGCCCUUACAGUGCUGUACCACUACACUGCAGCUCCCAUCAUUCUAUCGCCCGUCUCUCGGUGG